AAAAAAAAAAAAAAAAACAAAAAAAAAAAAACAACACACACACACACAAAAUGUGGAGACAAUUAUCAAAAACACAAAAGAUUAUAACAUUAGCAACUGCUACAACUGCUACAGCUAGUUUUGCUUAUUAUAUGAAAGACAAGUUAAAUGCUGACAAUGUAUAUAAAAGAACAAUAAGAAUUCAAGAACAAACUUCAACUUUACCUUCUCUGUUGAUAACAAACAAUAAAGCCUUUGCUGAAGCACUUCAGGAACAACAACAACAACAGGAUCGUGACUUUUGGAAUGUACCUUCACGUGAAGAAAUGAUCCAAAAAUUAAAAGAUAAAAACCAGGAACCUUAUGAUUUAUUAAUUGUUGGAGGAGGAGCUACGGGGGCUGGUAUAUCUGUUGAUGCUGCUACUCGUGGAUUAAAGGUAGCUAUGGUUGAAAGGGAUGAUUUUGCUUCAGGUACGUCUUCGAGAUCGACAAAAUUAGUUCAUGGCGGUGUUAGAUAUUUACAAAAAGCAAUUAUGGAACUUGAUUAUGAACAAUACGCUCUUGUUUGUGAAGCCCUUCAUGAAAGAAAGAUAUUUUUAGAUAUUGCUCCUCAUCUUUCUGAUCAAUUACCGAUUAUGCUUCCAGUUUAUAAAUGGUGGCAAGUACCUUAUUAUUGGUUUGGCUGUAAAUUAUAUGAUAUAUUUGCAGGUCGUGAAUCAUUAGAAAGUAGUUACUUUUUAACUCGUUCCAAGGCUCUUGAAGCUUUUCCUAUGUUAAAGAAUGACGAAUUAGUAGGUGCUUUAGUUUACUAUGAUGGCCAACAUAAUGAUGCAAGAAUGAAUGUUGCCUUAGCUAUGACCGCUAUAUGCUAUGGUGCAACUGUGGCAAAUCAUUGUGAAGUCAUAGACUUAACUAAAGAUAAUGAGGGGAAUAUAAAUGGUGCAAAAUUAAGAGAUAAUAUUAGUGGUGAUGAGUGGGAUGUUAAAGCAAAGGGUGUCAUCAAUGCAACUGGUCCUUUUACUGACAGUCUUCGUAAGAUGGAUGAUACUCAAAAUAUGGACAUUGUUGCUCCAUCUGCUGGUGUUCAUAUCAUUCUUCCCAACUAUUAUAGCCCAAGAAAUAUGGGAUUACUAGAUCCUGCUACAAGUGAUGGCCGUGUUAUUUUCUUUUUACCAUGGCAGGGUAACACGAUUGCUGGUACUACAGAUUCCCCUACUGAGGUUACUCAAAAUCCUAUGCCUAAGGAAGACGAAAUCAAUUGGAUUUUAAAUGAAGUAUCUCAUUAUUUGAGUCCAGAUGUUAAGGUACGUCGUAGUGAUGUUCUUGCUGCUUGGUCGGGCAUCCGUCCAUUAGUAAGAGAUCCUAAUGCAAAAAAUACAGAGUCCCUUGUUCGCAACCAUAUGAUUAAUGUUAGUGAAAACAAAUUGAUUACGAUUGCAGGUGGUAAAUGGACAACCUAUCGUGCUAUGGCAGAAGAGACCGUAAAUAAAGCUAUUGAAGUUUUCAAUCUUAAUCCUAAGCAAAAAUGUCAAACAGAGCAUAUUCAAUUGAUUGGCAGUAAAGGAUACAAUGAUACAAUGUUUAUUAGAUUAGUUCAGGAGUAUGGCAUGGAUACAGAAGUAGCUCAACAUCUUGCUCGUAGUUAUGGUAAUCGUGCUUGGGAAGUUGCUUCUAUUAACGAUUCUACCUCCAUGACUUGGCCUAAAUAUGGUAACCGUAUUUCACAUAACUAUCCCUAUAUCGAAGCCGAAAUAAGAUAUGUUGUUAGACAAGAGCUUGCUUGCACUGCAGUAGAUGUUCUAGCGCGUCGUACACGUCUAGCCUUUUUAAAUGCUAAUGCUGCUCUACAGGCACUUCCUAAAGUUAUUCAAAUUAUGUCAGAAGAACUCAAAUGGGACGAGACAAGACAAAAGGAAGAGCUUAAACAAGCUUCUAUUUUCUUAACUUCAAUGGGCCUUAGCGAAGAUAAAAUUAAGCAUUUCUUUGUUGAAACUAAAUAAGGAUAUACAUUUUAUCCCCCCCUCUCCUCAUAGACAAAAUCUAUUAUUUCCUUUAUUUCAUUUUAUUUUUUCUAUAGAUAUCUAAUUCUUAUUUUUAUUUUUUUCCUAUCUGCCUGCCUGCUGCUAUAUUAUAUUAGCAUUAAAUCUAACUCGUUGCCUUAUUACAAAACAUGUAUUUCAAUGAUC